UCACAACCACCAAUCUGUUGCUUGUCACUUGAAGUGGAAAAAGUGUUAAGGAUGUACAGCUGAUGAAGGGAGUUCUGACUCACAAAAGCUUAUGUUGGAAUAAAUUUUAUGAGCCUUGAAGAAAUUAAGAAGCCACCAGUGGCCCCAAAACCAAAAUUUGUGGUAGGACACAAACUAGUGCCACCUCCUGUUGCACCGAAGCCAGAUGUUGUUCUUGCAGAUAUCUUACAACCCACAAAGAAAACAAAACCAGCAAUAGCACCAAAGCCAAAGGUUCUCAAGUGCUCAUCUUUUCCUGAUGUUAAAAUAGCACAACCAUCCUUAACAAAAAAUUCUGAGAGUUUAGAAGCAGACCAAGAUGACUCUUCUGAAUACUUAGUUAAUUUGAAUUACAAAAAUGGAGCACCAAAUGACAAUACUGCUUAUAUUAUAUCAGUGUGUUCAUGCAAUUUUGAAUGCAUUCAUAAAUAUGGGGAAAAUACAUGUAAAAAUUCUACCAUUUUUGAACAAUUGGAAAACCUAGAGAAUAUUGAUAUAGGUGAAAAACCAGCAUCAUCUUUAAAACCUAAAACAAUACUUGAUAGCCAUAAUGAAAAAGUUAUAAAUAAAAACCGGGUAGUCUUAAAGGCUAAUUUUACGGAAGAAAAACUGAAAGGUGUUCUAACACAUAGUGUUCUCCCCAAUAAUGGACAUUUGAGGCAGAAACCCUUGAAUAAACUUGAAAAUAAUGGCAUUAAAAUAGAAUUGACAGACCUUGUCCAGUCUGCAUCUAGUUUGGAAGCAACUACAGUCAGUUCAAAUACCCAUACAAAUAUAAAUGAGGUUACCCCUGAAAUGUCAGAAACCCCUAUGGAAAAGGUGAAUACUGGUGAUUCGUGUCCAGAUACCUGCACAAAAGAAGGUGAUGUGUCUCUUGCUUCCUUUGGGACAGAUGUACUUCCAUCAACUAAAGCUCUCCCAGUUCCAAAACCAAGAAAGAUACGUGUUCCUUGUCUUGUUCGACAAGAUGGUGUAGAUCUCCCAGCUGAGGAAAUAAAAGGACUAGAUGCUUCCAAGUGUCAUUCUGCUGGGCUUUCUGAGUGUGGAUUCAGAAAAACAGCCAAAAUUAAUGUUCUUGUUCAAAGUGUUUCCUAUAACAAUAAAGAAAUUUUGCCUGUAUCUGAUAAAUCUGAUAUUACUACUUCCGCUGCUGAGAAAAUGUAUCCAGCAAAAGAGUCUUCUGAUUCUAAUGAACGGAUCCCACAAAACAUUUUGCCUCAGGUUCUAAGUGAAGCCUCUCAGCUGGAAGAAAAUGUUAAACAUUCUAUAGAUUGUAACACUGUAUGUUCUGCCAAAAGUAUAGUGGAUGAUACUGGUAUAUUGACUGCUAGCGAUAACAAGACUAGCUUUAUAAGGUGUAAUAAUCUUUCCAUGAGUUUGCCUAAGCAAUUAAAACUGUCAUGCAAUCAGCAUUUGCCUGCCUUUAAUAGCCUUGAUUCUGCACAAAGGAAAGAAGAUAAAGAUGCACACUUAAAAGGUGAGAGUUUACUAAAAAUCAUUCCUAAAAAACCUCAAAGGCACAGCCUUCCUGCAGCUGGGCUGUUGAAAAAGGCUGCCUCAGAUGAAUUUGUAGAGAAAAGGACUUACCUUCUUAAUGAGGAAACACUGUCAGAGACUCUUCUGGAGAGACAGCGAGUAAGACAUUUAUCUGCCAAAGAACAAAGUACAUCACUAUCCUGUGAUGUUCCAAAAUCAUCUUUAGAGAAGCCUGUCUGGAAAUUACCUCAUCCUAUCCUUCCAUUUUCAGGCAAUCCAGAAGCCUUAAAAAACACUAAGAGUUCAAGAAGCAAUGAGCUUCCAGUUGUUGUGACAAAACCACGAGCCAAAUCAUUGUCCUCUGUUGAUAUGGACAGAAUAAACAAGCCACAAAGAGAAACUCAAAAGAAAAAUGCAUUAAAGAAAUUCCUAAACAUGAAAUUAUCUGUUUGUAUAAUAAAAAGUGACUUUCAGAGGUUUUUGGCCAAAGGCAGCCAAUCUGCAGAUGAUACUGCUGUUACUUUUUCUAACAAGGAAAGGCAUGGCAAAAACUGGAAUGUAACUUGUACAACCAGUGGAAGAAAAAAUAAAACCUCAAAGGCACAUUCUAUAGAAAAAUGUAGCACAUCCUCACAAAAGGGAAAGCAAAGAUCAAGGAGUCGGAAUGAAAUGACAGCUAGUCAGAAACCACAGUAUUUAAACGAACAACCAUCCACAUUGCAAGGGCACUUGAAUUCUCUUUCACAUGACCUCACACCAGAAUAUGAAAAUGUGAGCCAUUAUGAGGAAAUUCCAGACUAUGAAAACUUGCCUUUUGUAUUCACUGAUAAAAAUGCAAGUUUUGAGUGGCAGAAUUCCAGCAGUAUGGAAGACCAUGACGCUACUGAAGACCAUGAUGCUAACAUAUAUGAGGUGGAAGAACUAUAUGAAGCCACGAGGAGCAAUUCAAAGCUUAGCAGGCCAUCAGCAGAGGAUCCUGGUGAUUCUGGUUUGGUGCUUGGAGACCUACACUCCGAUGAAGAGGUGAUAUCAAGAGAUGCCAACAGUUCAGAUGAAGAUGAUGAUAGCAAUUCAGACUCUAGUAAAGGGGAACUUGAUACCCAAGAAAAUAAUCAGGCUAAAGCAGCUGGGAAAAAAACAAAGGCUCACCUUAUUGCUAAAGAAAUCAUGAGCUCAGAAAAAGUGUUUGUAGACGUGCUAAAGCUCUUGCAUAUUGAUUUCCGGGAUUCAGUGACACAUGCUUCCAGGCAACUUGGAAAGCCAGUUAUUGAAGACAGGAUCCUGAACCAGAUCCUGUACUACCUACCUCAGCUGUACGAGCUAAAUCGGGACCUCUUAAGGGAACUAGAAGAAAGGCUGGCUCACUGGGUUGACCAUCAGAGAAUUUCAGAUAUUUUUGUAAAAGAAGGACCUUACUUAAAGAUGUAUUCAACUUACAUCAAAGAAUUUGAUAAGAAUGUAGCCCUCCUAGAUGAACAAUGCAAGAAGAACCCCAGUUUUGCUGCUGUCGUUCGAGAUUUUGAGAUGAGCCCCCGCUGUGCUAGCUUGGCACUCAAACACUAUUUGCUCAAGCCUGUUCAGAGGAUCCCUCAAUACAGGCUGCUUUUGACAGAUUAUUUAAAGAACCUUUUAGAAGAUUCAGCUGACUUCAAAGAUACUCAGGAUGCUCUCGCUGUUGUCAUAGAAGUGGCCAACCAUGCAAACGACAUUAUGAAACAGGGAGAUAACUUUCAGAAGCUUAUGCAAAUACAGUACAGUUUAAAUGGUCACCAUGAGAUUGUACAGCCAGGAAGGAUCUUUUUGAAAGAAGGGACGUUGAUGAAGCUGUCCAGGAAGAUCAUGCAGCCACGAAUGUUUUUUUUGUUUAAUGAUGCUCUGCUAUACACUACUCCUGUUCAGUCUGGAAUGUACAAACUCAACAACAUGCUGUCACUGGCUGGAAUGAAAGUUAGAAAGCCAACUCAUGAAGCUUACCAGAAUGAACUGAACAUAGAAAGCGUGCAGCGAUCUUUCAUUCUUUCAGCCAGUUCUGCAACAGAAAGAGAUGAAUGGUUAGAAGCCAUCUCAAGGUCAAUUGAAGAAUAUACAAAGAAAAGAAUUACCUUUAACCCUAGCAGAAGUCUGGAAGAGGCAGACCCAGAGAAAGAGGAGGAAGACAGUCCUUUAGGGUCAAAGGCUCCCAUCUGGAUUCCUGAUACAAGAGCAACCAUGUGUAUGAUAUGUACUAGCGAGUUCACACUGACAUGGAGAAGGCACCACUGUAGAGCAUGUGGAAAGAUAAUCUGCCAAGCUUGUUCAUCAAAUAAGCAUGGAUUAGACUAUAUGAAAAACCAUCCUGCAAGAGUAUGUGAUCUUUGCUUUAAAGAGCUCCAGAAACACAGUAAGCUUUGCCCAGACAAUCUGUGCACUCCUUCUAAAAACGGGUCUCCAGUAAACCACAGAUCGCCAUCCAGUGCCUUGUCUACAGUGUUGCACAGUAUCCCAUCAGGAAGAAAACAGAAAAAGAUCCCAGCAGCUCUCAAGGAAGUAACUGCAAAUACAGAAGACUCUUCAAUGAGUGGCUAUUUAUAUAGAUCAAAGGGCAGUAAGAAACCCUGGAAACACCUGUGGUUUGUGAUAAAAAAUAAGGUGCUGUACACAUAUGCUGCUAGUGAGGAUGUAGCUGCUUUGGAAAGUCAGCCUUUACUGGGAUUUACAGUUGCUGAAGUCAGAGAUGAAAACACAGAGUCUAAAGUAUUCCAUUUACUGCAUAAAAAUACCUUAUUUUACAUAUUCAAAGCAGAUGACAUCCAUUCAACCCAAAAGUGGAUAGAAGCGUUUCAAGAAGCGACAAUAUUGUAGCAUGGCUGGUGGUGUCCUUUGUU